AUGAAGAUUAGCAGAACUAAAACAGCUUAUAUGACUCUGAAUGGUAGAGACGAGUGUAAUAUUAAAAUCCAAAAUGUGCCGCUCCCUUUUGUUCCGAGUUUUAAAUAUCUUGGGACAUUUGUCGAGUUGGGAGGAGGAUUGAACUCGGAGGUGCAGCUUAGAAUUCAAUGUGGAUGGAUGAACUGGAGGAAGCUGAGCAGUGUGUUAUGCGUCAAGAAAGUUAGCUGCAAUCUGAAAGGAAAAUUGUAUAAAUCAGUUUUUAGAUCUGCAAUGUUAUAUGGAGCUGAGACAUGGGAAAUAACAAGAGCCCAAGAAAGAAAGAUGGAGGUGGCGGAGAUGAGAAUGUUGAGAUGGGUGUAUGGAGUGUCAAGGAAGAAUACAAUAAGGAAUGAUUUUAUUAGAGGUUCUGUUAAGGUGGGCCCCCUUGAGCAAAAAGAUGCAAGAAUGUGGGUUGAGAUGGAAGAAGUGACAAUUAUGUUGGAAAGAAGAUCGGAAAACUGA